AUGAUGUUGCGAGAGACAUCAGCUGAUGAGCUAGAAGGCAUGGUUUGAGGGAAAUGGAUGCAUAGGCUCACUUGGACCCCCUGGCAGGCGAAGAUUGGCCCAAGGGUUCGCCACCUCUGCGCUGUAGCCUUGCUUUGCUUUCACAGUAGUCCUGUGACGUAGGUCACUUGUCACUGAUUUUCUGCACUCAAUGCUCUUUUUCUAAGUUAUGCAACAUUAUGAAAUACGAAAUAUACUCUUUUUGCCUCUUAAUCUCUUCUCUUCUGGAGUGGGAACAAAAUUUCCCAACUGCAAGAAUACUUCAUUAAAAGUAAAAACAAUAGCUCAUAAUAUGGGUAGGUAAAGGUAAAGGUACCCCUGCCCGUACGGGCCAGUCUUGACAGACUCUAGGGUUGUGCGCUCAUCUCACUCUAGAGGCUGGGAGCCAGCGCUGUCCGCAGACACUUCCGGGUCAUGUGGCCAGCGUGACGAAGCUGCUCUGGCGAGCCAGCACCAGUGCAGCACACGGAAACUCCGUUUACCUUCCCGCUGGUAAGCGGUUCCUAUUUAUCUACUUGCACUUAAGAGUGCUUUCGAACUGCUAGGUGGGCAGGAGCUGGGACCGAACGACGGGAGCUCACCCCGCUGCGGGGAUUCGAACCGCCGACCAUGCAAUCGGCAAGCACUAGGCGCUGAGGUUUUACUCACAGCGCCACCCGCGUCCCAUAAUAUGGGUAGUCCUCAUAAAAAGAAUGGUCAUUUUGGAGCCCAAAAAUGCAGGAUGUAGUUUAUUAUAUUGAUUGCCCAUAAAAUUGUUUCUGGCGAAAAGUUAGAAUGGGUGCUCUCUUAAGGGUGUGAAAAAUCCUAGUAAUGAUGCAAUGGCAAAGAUUUCAAUUUGACCAGGAGCACCAUCUUAACAUCAGAACUAAUCUACCCCUGUGGUCAUAUGGAAAGUCUUGGUGUGUGGUGGCAGCUAGAUUAUGAAAGAAUCCUAAAUGAAUUUCAAAGCAGAUUAUCAUGGAUGGCUAACGGCAAGAGAUUGAAGCAGAGCGUCUUUGUCCAGAGUUAAGGCUGGCUGUGCAAAGCAGCAAAUGGAGGAGCUAGGGCUUAUGAUACCUGAUUUUCAGCUACGCCUAGGAAAAAAGAUGCAUAAAGCAAAGGGAACUGGAGGUGUCAUGCAAAGCUCCAAACUAUCAGCAGGAAACUAUGGAAAUGUAUAACACCAUUUAAUGCCUUUAAAAAGUGGGGUUUUUUGGGGGGGGGGUCUUAUCCCAAAGGGCCUUACAUUGUAUAAUAAAACACACACACCAGUCACCCAAUAGUACAUCAUUUACAAAUAAAAGUCAUUAAGCUUCCUUAAUUUUUAAAAGAUGUAAAUGGGAAAGCAAGCAGGUUUGAGAACUGUGUACGGCAGCCAUUUAAACAAAGAAGAUGUCACUUGCCAUUCCUUCUGUACAUCUCUAGGGGAUCAGACCAUAUCAGACUAAGAACUGGGUCAGGAGCAACAGCAGCUUGCAGAUAGCUUCUUGUCCUGUGCUCAAUCUCCCCCAUCCCCUGCCUUUCCUGCUGAAAUGCUUUCCCAUUUGAUUCACCCUUAAUGUACCUGCAUUUUUUCUUACUAUCCAUCACCUUAUCCUCUCCUAAAAUUCUGGCCUUUGGAACAAGACAAUGCAAGUUCUGCAGCAAAGAUAAUGUUUGCUUGACUUGCCCCUCCCAAUCACCUAUCAACUACAAGUCCCUGCUUUGCAUUAGCUGGGUACCACCAGACUUUGCAGAAAGGCAAUCAAUAAAUAGUAAAUAAAAUAUUUCAUGGGGGUUUGGGCACAUAUACAAUAGUGGUCCUCAAGUAUACUGAGGUAUAACUUUUCCCCCCUCUUGCUGCAGAGGGAAGAACUAGAAAUUGCAAGUAAGUAGAUUUUGUCCUGUCCUAAAGCAAGGGUGGGGAAUCUGUGGCCCUCCAGCUUUAGUUGGAUUUACAACUCCCAUCAUCCCUGACCAUCAGCCAUACUGGCUGGGAUUGAUGGGAGUUAGCAUCCAAUAACAUCUGAGGGCCACAGAUUAUCCCCACCCCUGCCCUGAGACGUUUAUACAAUCAAGCAGCCAAAUGAAGACAAAGCAGAACAUAUGGUGUGUUUUUAAAAUUGCAUUAAGCCUGUAAUUCCUUCAAAAGCCAUCUCGGUCAGAUACAAAGGGUAAACGGAUGCCUUAAUUGCAGGUCUCCCACCUCACAUGAGGAUAGAAUGUCUUUGGAUAUUUCUCUGCGCUUCACACACCAUGCUAAUUAAUGUAACUCUAACGGAAGGAUCCCAGAGUGAUGUUUCCGUCUCCCCCCCUCCCCCGCCUGAGCUGACGCACUCAGUUUUUCUUAAAUAAUUAAUCAUCAUUACUGCCUGCUGCUUGCUGGGUACGUGUUAGUGAUCAUCUCAGAUCCCAGCAUAUUUACACCCUCCCAGUUCCUGUCUGCAGCUUGCUUUUGCUCUUUUCACAGGCUUUCAUGUUAAGGUCUUCAUUAAGUGACAGGUUGUAGAUUUCUGUGCCAUCGUGCUUUGAUGUCUUUAAGUACUGAAGCACAAAUUGGAAAGCACAGGCCUGUUUGUUGCUGCACCCUAUUGGAUAGAGAUACAAUAUAAGGAGAAGUAAAGGAAACAGUAACAACACCUGGGCAGCCAGAUCCUCUGGGGUUGGCCUUGCAUAAAGCAUCUGGAGGAGGAGGAUUUUCUACUGUCCAGCUAGGUAACCACUGCCCCGCUACUGAUAUUCCUUAAGCGAGAAAUCCAGUUCCUAGCUCCUCUCAUUAUACAGCUAUGACCUACUUGUUGAUUUCCUCUCUGUGACCUCAAAGUGUGCAACUCUUCUCCAAUAAUAAUAAUAUUAAUAAUAAUUUACCACUCUGGGCAGCUUCCAGAAUACAGAAAUCCAUCAAACAUUAAAAGCUUCCCUAAGCAGGGCUGCCUUCAGAUGUCUUCUGAAAGUCUGGUAGUUGUUGUUCUCUUUGACAUCUGGUGGGAAGGCGUUCCACAGGGUGGGUGCCACUACCAAGAAGGCCCUCUGCCCUGUAACUUGGCUUCUCGCAGUGAGGGAACCGCCAGAAAGCCCUCAGUGCUGGACUUCAGUGUCUGGGUAGAAUGAUGCAACAGCCGCCUCAUACAGAGUCAGUACUGUCAACACUGACUGGCAGUGGCUCUCCAGGAUUUCGGAAUGGGAAUAUUUUCCAUCCCUAGCCAAAGCUGCAGGGAUUAAAGCUGCAUGCAGAGCAUGUGCUCCGGCGCUGAGCUGCAGCCCCCUGCACUUGAGACAGCUUUGAACUAUAGUCCAAAAUAUCUGGAGGGCACCAGAAUAAAACAUAAAAGGAGCCUUGCUGCUGCAUCAGGCCAGUGGCCCUUGCCCAGCCAGUCCAACAUCCUGUUCUCACUGUAGCCAACCAAGUGCCUGCCAGAAGGCGAUGAACAGGACCAGAGCGCAACAGCACUCCAUUCAGUGCUCCUAUUCCCACCCCGAGACGUUCUAAGCCCCGCCUCCCGACGACGACCCCGCCCCAGGCUACUUUCUCGCCUCCCUCUCCUUGUAGCUCCUCCCUUCCCCGAGCCCCUUCCCCUUCGGCCACGCCCCGUCCUCCGGGCCACGCCCCUCCCCGAAACAAUAGCCGCCUUCUCCUUCCCCAGCCGCAAGCUCCGCGUUGGCCACGCCCCCUUUUACCUCAGGUUGCCGUUAGAGGCGGCUGCCUGAGGCGACGCGGCUUGCCGCCUCUCAGCGGCCUCGGGCGCUGGGACGCGGCAAGCAGCGGCGACGGGUCCCUCCCACCCGGAGUCGCCCAGGCGCCUCCUCCGCUCCCUCCCUCGGUCGCCGCCGCUGUGAGUCACGACGACGGAGGGAGGAGGAGGAAGAAGAAGAGCAGAAGCAGCAGCGGCCGUUUAUACACACACACACCGUUCGGCGUUUCUCUCCCCUCAGGCGCAGAAGGAGGCUCAGUCGCUCCAAGUGCUGAGAGGACGAGGGCACGAUCCUGCCUCUGCUUCCCUCCUUGUCUACGCGGGAGGGCCACUCGAGGGCUCCUCCCAGACCCAGUAACAACAACAACAUCAUUAUUAUUAUUACUAGUGCUGCUAAUAACUGCCGCCGCCGCCACUUCAGGUAAGCGCUUUACGCCUCGCCUGGCAACAAAAGGCGCCGCGCGGUGAGUAGGCGACUGCUUGCUUGCUUGCUUUUUCUCUCUCUCUCCCCCUCAGUCCGCUUGGCUGCUCGCGCACGCGCGCUCGUCCGUCAGCCUGUUUGCGCGCGCCUGGUUGCUCGUUCGAAUGUCCGUCCAGCCGGCCGUUGCUCGCGCGCCCGCGCCUCUCCCCCGACUCUCGUAAACGUCACUCCCCUUCAGCGUUCCAUCUCCCCCCUCCCCCACUGCUUGCUCGCGCGCCCUCCGCCUCAUCUCUCCCACCCACCCCCCAUUUAUCCAACCAUCCCCCCCCCCCAAAAAACCCCUCAUUUCCUCUAAGCAGCACCACCCACCGUCAUGGAGUCACUCUUGCUCGCUCGCUCGCUCUCCCCUCACAUAUAUACAUACACACAGCGCUAGAAGCAUCGCUAAGUACUUUUAAAAGGUGUGGUGGGGCUCACACAGGCCCGUGAAACAAAAUAAUCGUAUGGUAAUUUGUGUGCAAGGUAUAAAUUUAGGGGUUAGUUUCAGAGGCGGUGGGGUCCUGCGUCUGGGCAUCUGGUUGACUGUUGCGUGGACAGGAUGCUGAGCUAGGUGGGUCUGAUCCAGCAGCAAGCCUCUUCUCAGGUCAAAUCCAUGGUAUACAUUGAGAGCAUAUUCAGCACACACACUUCCUCCAUAGAAUCCUAUUAACUGUGGUUUCUGCCCCUCAGAUACCAUUUUCAGCAUCCAUAACAAACUGCAGUUCCCAGGAUUUGGGGGUGGGAGCGUACAGUAAUGUGCUUUAAAUGUGCGCUGAACAUGCCUUAAAUGUAUACUGUGGAUCUGCCCUUGAGGUUUUUCAGUUCUUGCUGCCAGGGCUUACUCUGAGCUCUGGAAUGGUAGGGAUGGAUGGCUCAGCCUCUGUAAAUCCAUCCCAUCUCAUUUUUUAAAUUUUUUUUUGUAGAUUAAAACAAAACAUUAAAAAAUCACCUUUAGAUUGUAUACAUUCAUCCCCUACGAGACAUUUUUGCAUGCUUUCAUUUCCCCUAAGUAUGCCUUUUUUGUGAAAUGUACUUCUGCCUUUUCUUAAUAAAAAAAGGUCUAAACUGCAUUGCCAAAUUCAUACACAGGCUGAUCCACAUAUAACACUGGGACCAGCAAAUUACGUUGGUUGAUUUCAAAAUGUGGAUCAAUUUCUUUUCCAUUCCUAUAGGAUGCCAGCAGGGUUUUAGGGGCUGCUCUACACAUUCAAAUUAAAACAAACCUUUUACAACAACGUGACUUUCACACAUGAGCACAUUCAUCUCUAACACCACUUCUCCUUCCCAUCUUCAUCUACCUUUUUCAUAUACAUACUUAUAAGUCCCUGCCACCAGUCAAUGCCACCUAUACCCAGUCCAGGGACCACAGAUCAACACAAUGUUUGCCACAAAUAGAAAGCAAUGAAGGAUGGCUGCGGCCUUGUCGUGAGUGAGCACUGAAGCGUGCUCAACCACUUUGUAAGCAAAGAAAAUUUUUAAAUGUUAAGUUUAAAACUGGGGUGGAGGGGAAGGGUAAGUGAUCUGGGGGUUUGGGCUCCCUGGCCCACCUGUUAACAAUGGCUCUGGUCAACACGGGAUGCACCAAUCUUAUACCUUCACAGCUCUUCUCUUCCUAAAUUGUGUUCUCCAAAAUUUCUGAAGAGUGGGUUGAUGAUAAACGAAUGUUACCUGUUCCAUCUUCAGGAGAAGUACUUCAGGUACAUGUGCAAAGGAGGGGGUUCUUCUCUGUGGUAAUUGAACGGUUUUAUUUGACUUAGUGUUGUUGGUUUGUGUAGUAGUGUGUCAGUAACUUUUAUGUUUCUUUGUGUACCAUCCUAAAAUCCAUUUUUUUGGGGUGAAGGACAGUUUGUACAUUUCAAAAAUAAAAUUAAGACAAAAAUAAGUCCUUCUUCACAUAGCACAUAGUUAAACUAAGGAAUUAGCUUUGACAGGGUGUAGUGAUAACUACCAACUUGAACAGCUUUGAAAAGGGGAUUAGACAAAUUCAUGGAGGAUAAGGCCAUCAGUGAUUAGUCCCUGUGAUGACUAUCUACCCUGGUAUAAGAGGCAGCAUGCCUUGAAAAACCUGCUGCUGGGGAACAUGAGCCAGAGAAAGCUAUGUGCUGCUUGUGGGCUUCCCAGAAGCAUCUGGUUGGCCACUGUAAUAACAUAAUGCUGGGCUAGAUGGGCCACUGGUCUCAUCCAGCAGGGCUCUUCUUAUGUUCUGAUGUUAAAGGAGAGGGGCUUUUCUGUGGUGGCACCCCUUACUUUGAAUGUCCUCCCUGAGGUGGUUCAGCUUGAUAACAACACUGCAGUCUUUUCAGUGGCAGGUCAAUAAACUCUAUUUGCUGAAGCAUUUUUCAAUGGUUAUGUCUGCUUUAUAGUUUAUAGUUUUAUAAUUUGCUGCCUCUUAGUUUUAUCACUGAAUGUAGUUAUAUUUAUAUUGUAUUAUACUGACCUGGUUUGUGCUUAAUGCUGAGGUGAACGGUGGUUUAGCCUUAGGUAGUGUGGCGGCAGCGGCAGCAGGACCUGGAUAGGAGUGAAGCAGCCCCAGUUUUUGCUCAGUGUACCUGCACACUUGCUUUUUCAUGUUUACCCAUGGUUUGACUUGGCAUUAUGUGCAGAUGGGGCAACUGUAUUAUUGUAAACCAUCCUGGAAUACAUCAGGAGAAAGUGUGGUUUAGAUGUUUUUUAAAAUGAAAUAUUAUUUUGGAGGGGGGUUGAUGAUGAUGAAAUGGGUGUGUGUGGGAACCUUACUCAACUGGUUCAACCUGUUGUUUCCAGUGAGCUCUGCCACUACUUACUCCAAAUCAACUAGUUUAAUUCUUUAAAAAAGCUAAAGCAAAAAAGUAAUAAUCUUAAUUCACCCACCCAAAAAUCAUUUGUUCAAAAUCUUUUUAUUUCCUUCUCUCUGGGUGUUUUCUUCUUGUAUGCUUCCUGUAGGGAUUCCUUCAGGACUGUCACACCUAAUGUUUCCUCUCCAUCUCCUAAACCUUUGUCUUACACACAUGCAGAAAAUUAUCCCAUGCUUUCCGAAUCCUGUCCAAUUUUUUGUGCUGCAUUCUUUUAAGCAUGCAGGGGGAGAAACCCAGCUGUAGUUCUCUCUUUAUUCCCCUUCUUGCUCUUACAGCAGCAUCAUAAGCAGCUUCACCUAAAAGUCAUUUGGAGAGAUAUGGCUGCCACAUUUCUACAUGACUUUCUGUGGUCAGAGCUUUCAAGGAGCUGGUGGUUUGUAAACAUUUUUUUUUUUUUUGCAAAACUGUCACAUAUUCGUCAUAACUGGUAAACUAAAUGACCCCUGUUUAGAGCCAGAAUAGCAGUAUUUCCUAAUCCCUUGCAGAUUGCUCCAGUCCCACACCUGCUUGAACUUGCUGGCAGCACUGCUAGGCCCUUCUUCCUCCUCUUUUUCAUAAAGUUUUUUAUUUCAUUUUGAAAUAUAUAAAAAAUAAAAUAAAAAUAACUAUAACCAAAUACAGUGGUAUCUCGGGUUACAGAUGCUUCAGAUUAUAGACGCUUCAGGUUACAGACUCCGCUAACUCAGAAAUUGUACCUUGGGUUAAGAACUUUGCUUCAGGAAGAGAACAGAAAUCGUGCGGCGGCGGCGGCAGCGGGAGGCCCUGUUAACUAAAAUGGUACCUCAGGUUAAGAACAGUUUCAGGUUAAGAACGAACCUCCAGAACAAAUUAAGUUCUUAACCCGAGGUACCACUGUACUAGACACAGCAAACAGAAAAACAAGACAAAUAACUAUGUAAAAUAAGUGUAUUUUUGCAUGGAUUGAGUAACAAUGUCCAAUUCCAAAAGAGGCUAGGGUUCUCUUCUGAUAAAUAGUUGGGGUCAAAGAGUGUCCAGACCAAUAUGAAAUUAUUGUAUAUUUGUGCACCAGAAUGAAAAAAUGGUAUCUUGGCUCAUUUGGAACCCCUGAUUCUCACAACUAAACCCUAUGGCACAAGCCACAUGAGACUAAAGCGCAGCUAAAGCGCAGGUCUCGGUAGUUUGAGGGUUCAAGUCUGGGCAAGGAAAUAGCUUGCAUCCCAGUGGAAGAAUCCUUUGGGGGAGGACCCACAGGUAGAGUACCUGUUUUGGAAAGGUCUAUGGUUCAGUCCCCUGCAUCUCCAGUUAAAAGAAUAAAAUAGCUGGGAACAUGAAAUAAAUUUCCAUGCCUGAGACACUGCCCAUCAGGGUAGGUGGACAGAUAGAGGAAUCUGCCCUAAAUCAGGUCAGACUGUGUCUAUCUGGCAGCCUCCUGCCACACCCAUUUCUAGUCUUUCCUCCGGCAGUUGGCUCUAGACUACCAGUUGCCGCUUUGUAUGUUGCAUUUUCAGAUGUACAUUUAAAACAGGUGAAACACUUAAAGUGAGAACUUGGCAAAGAAGUUAACACCAUUGCUUCACAGCCGGCUGUGACAAGCAGCAGAUAUUUGCUGUAUGUUCACUUUGUUAAAUCCAGACAGUCCUUUGCCUAAUGUGCAAACUUACCCACCUUUUCCUUUUUUUUUUUUUUUUUUUUUUACUUGUGAAUGCUACUGGCUUGUGUUUAAUGUUUCAGAUGUCUAAUAUGUUGGCAUUUAUUCAUGAGGUCCUACUUCUUCCCCUUUUGUACUGUCUGAAGCAGCUUUUAAUUCAGAGAUGAGGAGACUGUGGCUCUCCAUAUGUUAUUGUCUCCGUUUCCCAUCAACCACAAUUAGCAAGGCCAAAGGCCAGUGAUGUUUUAAUCCAACAACAGCUGCAGGCCCACAUAUUAUCCAUACCUGCUUUAAUUGCUGACCACACCUCUCUUCAUAUUGUCUACAUCUUCUUUCAAGAUUUCUCUCCCCGCCCCCUGCCCCACUUCAGAACCAUUUUGUUACGUCUAAGAUUGCACAACCCUAUCUCUUAACUCGCUUUAGAUACAUUCUCAAUGUCACUUAAGCUCAGUGCCCUUAAGCCUUCCUUUGUAAUUUUAAUCAAUACUGUGUAUAUAUAUAUAUAUAUAUAUAUAUAUAUAUAUGCAUGCAUGCGCUCUAUUCUGGCUGGCUCCUCACAUGCAAAUGCCGUGCAUGAGCAGGAGACAAAUGUACAAAGCACAGGGUUAUAUCCAACUAACUCCCACUCAGAGUAGACUUAACUUCAUGAACCUAAGUUAGUAACAAUCAUUAACUUAAUGGAGUCUACUCUGAGUAGGAUUGGCCCACAAUGGAUGCAACCUAAACUGGAUAUAUACCUUUGGUGUUUCAGAAUGUGUUUAUGUUCUGAAUUAGGUUAUUGGACAGUGGUCUAAAACAAAUGCACUGUGUAUCAUCUCUAUUUUGGGUCUAAGAUUAAUCUGUCUUUGGUCUGCUUUUGUCUGCUUUUUAAAUACGAGAAGGUAAACUCAAGGGUGCUGCUUGAGAAUUUCAACCUUAAAAUAAGAAUUGGAAUGCAUGAGCUAACGUGAUCUACUUGAACAGUCAGAAUUUGCCUGCAGUUAUGUGUGCAUCAGGUAUUAUAGUACUAUUUCUUUUUUCUGUAGUUUUUAUUCACUUUGUAAAAGGAUGUUUCUUUCACUCAGGAACUUAAGUUUAAUUAACAUGCAAGUUUAUUAGAUCAUUUAUUCUCAAAUGGUUGGCUAAUACUAAGCCAUUGAUUGCAGAAAACUUGUUUGCAAUGCUGCCUGCAUUUUGGGGCAAGGUAAAAAGAAGAGUACACACAUGAUUUGGGUUGGGAGAAGAGACUUCAGAAUUUGGAACUGACAGGUGGAGCUGCGAGGCAAAAAUGCAGUUUCUGGGUUUGGGAAUUGUGGCUCAGGAGGCCUGGACAUUAAAAGCCCACUGAGAUGUGCAUUGAGAUUUCAGCUACCUCAAGUUGUAGAAUAACAUGAAUUUAUAAACAGUUGUGCUGUUAGAAACAUUGUACAUGGUAGCUUGUGGCUGACAUCCUUGUCCAGAACAGCAUGAUUGUUGCACUUUUAAGCAUAACUGGUGCUGUCAACAAUGGAAGACUUAUAAGUGAGUUUAUAUAGAGAAGGCAUUGUUCAGCAGAGUACAGUCUUAACUUGUCUUGUGCCAUUAGCUGUAACAUACGGUAGAGAGAUCAACAGUUAAAACACAAACCUCUUUCAUUUCAUAGAGGACAUUUUCCUUCAGUGCAUAAGAUGCUUAAACCAUAUUCUUUUUGUCAGUAAAAUUCUUAAAGAGCAGCUAAAGUAUAAAAUUCUGGUUGAACACUGAAAAAGGUCCUGUCUUAAUUGUAUGCAAUAAGUCUCCAGAAAUCCUCAAACUAUAAUUACCAAUGAACAAUGAAGUUUUGGUAACUAAGCUGUUCAUGUGGGUUAAUCGUGGGGUACAUUGUAUAAUCUCUGUUCAGUUAGUGUGCAAGAUAAAUGUUCUCUAGUACAGACACUUCUGAAUAAGUCUAGUAUGAUAAGUAUUUAACAUAAUUAAUGUUAAUCCUGCGUAAUUCAAGUUUGUACAAUGAUUAAUUGCAGGCUACUCCAUAGAGCUUAGUAGUAACUCAUAUGACUCUUCAGCCUUAUAUCAAUUUCACUUUCUCUUUUUGCAAAAUACUAAUGCAGUAGAUUAACACUGAUCAAGUCUUUCUAUUGGAAGAUGUAAGAAGUGUAUAUUUAAUGUCCAUGCUAACAAGUUAUCUGUUACCUUUGGUAUAUUGGUUCUGCUGCAUAGCAUAUUUAUAUAUUUAACUUUGUCUAGAAAGGAAGGAAACUUCACCCUGCUGAGGACAUUUCCUUCUCUGCUUUUUUUCCUUUUAACUGUUAGUGUAAUGACCUAGUGCCAUAAAACUUAAACACAGACAACUGCAGGUGGGAAAUAUUUUGAUAUAUUAGUCUGCAGUUUAAGGUGGAAGCUUCUGAGUUUGUGGAGAGCAAAGGAGAUUGAGGUGACAUCGACUUCCUGACCACCCCUGAAACAACAAUGUGUAGCUUGUGCUAAUUAGUUUAAUGACCCUCCAGUGUGAAAUUAAAAGUGUUUUGUGCUUCCUGUUGAUUCCCCCCCCCCCCCAAUAGUAUCACGAUACUGCAGUCAAUGAUUUUUGUGGGGUACAGAGUGGUUAGUUUGGAAGGCUACCAAGUACGUAAAACUUUGGUGCCUACAAAAUAGAAAUAUAUUUUCUACCUGUGGUCUGAACAAGAGUUUUAAGAAAGACAGAGGAAUAAGUUGACAAACAUUAAAAUUAUCAACUUAUGUUGAUAAUUAGGAAAAUACAAAAUCACUCACAAAAAUGAUCAGAUGCACUUUUGCCAUGUUUUAUUUACACCAAAUGAUAACCUGCCACAGGUUUUAUGCCUUUCUUAGUAACCAGAAGCACAAUUUCAAGAGCUGUCUACUGAUUUAUUUUUUUAGUGGCUUUGCACUGAUUAAUAAUUUGCCAUAUGUUGUAAGCAACCAAAGCAUUUCCCAGUUGUUUCAUUUUUUUGCUGACAACACAGAAACUGUUGACAUAUUUGUGGCAUAUGUUUUCCAAGCUGUCGUAAUGAAAUAGUGUUUGAGAAAACCUUUGACAUGCCCAGAAAUAAUGAUUAAUGCAUGAAAUGUCAUGUGAGACAUGAUGAAGAUAAAUAAUUACAAAUUAAGUGUUACAUUAGAAAAUGCUUUAUUGCUUUUACCUAUACAGUAUUAUAAACAAAAUCAAAAUGAGUUACACAACUUCUCUGGAUGUUUAUAACAUAGGGCUGCCAUAUGUUUUAUGCUCUUUCUUGACAUUUUUGUAAAAAGAAGCUCAACAAUGGGGUUUGUCUUAAAAAACUCAACAAUUUUGGGGGUUUCCUUAAAAAAGCUCAAAAACAUUUAGGGGGUCCUGGUUGUUACUUUUUGUAAUAUGGCAACCCAGUGCUUUAAGUACAAAGAUUCACAAAAUGUUUAGGGGUAUGUGUAUCCCCAGAAAAAAGCACUGUGGAAACCCUAUUAUGACAUGCCACAAAGCUUAUAGUAUGCCCUUUUUGAGUUCUGCUAAAAUUGGCCUAUUUAUCUGUAAAGUAUUAUUGCACUCUGCUUCAUAUCCAAGGAUCCAGCUCCUUUCAGACAUUACUCAAACUGCAUAGAGAGACACAGAUAAAUGUGAGUAAGCUUAUGGGUUAGUAAAUGCUAGUUUUUGUUUAUAAGACUGACUAAAUAGCUCUAUACAUUUUUGAAAUUUUUUAUUGAUUCACUUAUUUAGUCUGACUCUCCCCAUAGAUUUACAUUCCUUGGGGAUGGAUCAACACAAGCAAGCUUUUCAGCCCUAGUUUUCUGUAUAACCAACACAAUUUUGGGUUUAUGAAUCUUUAAUAUCAACCCUCCAUGCUACAUGGCAAGCUGCUUUUGAAAAUGAAGUGAGGUUUAAAAUAAAGGAAAAGUUGACUAUCCACAAAACUGAUAACAAUUUCUUGUUGGUUUUUUUUGGUUUUGUUUUUUGUUACCAAUUAUAUGAGGCUUCUGGAAAGAUUGCAGGUCUUCAAAUAGCAGGCAUAGCAAUGUGUUAACUAUAAAGAUGGGCCUCAUGGCUAAGGAUAGCUUGGUUUACAAAUACAGUAUUGUAUUCUGUCCCAUUUUUGUUGUUUUUCUGAAAGAUGGAAUAGGCUUCUCUUUAAGGAGGUGUAGUUGUCCAUAAUUUGUAACAAGAUACCCCCUCCCACAUUACCAAAAAUGUUUGGCUGUCAUCCAGCCAUGGAGAGACCUAAAUAUUACACAACUGUUUGACAUGCCAUUCUAGGGUAUGGUGCAACAAGGCCUAGGCCAGCUUUUCCUGACCUGUUGCCCUCCAGAUGUUUUGGAUUACAACUCCCAUCAGCUGCACCCAGUGGGAGUUGUAGUCCAAAAACAUCUGUGAGAGCAUCAGGUUGAUGAGGUUGAUUAAAACACACUUCUGCUUUGUGUAUCCAAAUACUGCAGUUGCCUGAAGGCAGAAUGAAGUUGUAGCUUUUCUCUAGAAUGAACACUGACUUUAAUAAGGCUAGAUAUGUUGGCUGGCUGGCUGGCUUGAAGUACAACAGAAGCUGUCUUUCUCUGCUGACAACGUGAUAUUUGCAAAAAAUGCAAUAGGUUGCUUAUGCCUUAAGGACAGAAGAGAGUAACAAGUUCAACAAUAAUUCACAGUUAACUUGACUCCAUGUGGUCAGGCAACAUUACCUAGGGGAGUUCUUGAAUUUGACUUCAUUAAUGCUCUCAAUGUGUUUUGAAAUCUGUUCAUGAAAGAAGCUAUAGAAAUUCAAAGAUCAUGACCAGGGGAGGAACAUUUUCCCCCAAUUUGGGUUUAGAAAUUAAUAUAUAGGUGACUGCAGCUUAUUUUAUUAUUAUCAUUAUUUUCAUGGGAAGGACUGUAAAAGCUUUGUCUUAAAGCUGUACAGUAUUAGCCACUUGGAUGGAAACCACCAUUGGAGAAUUCAGUUUGAAGUCAAAUGUAGCUGAAAUUGUAUACCAAGGGGCCUGAGCGUCCCUUAGAAGCUUGGUGUGUUCCAAAAAACCUAAAAAAUACAAGACAUCAAGUAUUCUCGAUCUUGCUGUUCAAUUAUAAAUGGAUAAAUGUUAUGAAUUCUGUGUUGCUGACAUCCCUUUGGAGAAGUGAAUUAAUGCAGUCUUCAGCUGCCUGCGGUUGAAGGCCAUGAAUCGCAUUGAGUGAGUACAAAAUAAUCAGAAGUGUGGAAUGGGUUUUUGGAUUUCAGUUAUUUGGUGUUUGUUGGAAGAUCUCAUUGUAAAUGAACAAGUCUUGAAGAUGCCACAUCCUUUUGCCUGUUGGGAUCAUAUUCUAACCAUUAAAAGUGUCCUGCAUAGCUGCAGAGAUUAAACUGGAGAAUAGCAGUGUCCAUUUAAGGGAACAGCUUAGUGCCAGUUUUUAAAUUCCGGCUUUUGUGGAGUAGAAAGGUUGGAAAUCCUCUGCUGUAGAAUAACAUUUGUUUAUUCCAUAAAACAUCCAGUUCCAUUGGAUGUUAAUCCAUCUCAAGUUCUUUGUCUCCUUGCUAGUGAGAGAGCUGGAUAGAAUGUGAGGAGAUCGACUUUUAGAUGCAGAACACUGUUUAAGUUUUAUGUUAAGCAUUUAAUGUGCUUCUUUUUCUGUAUAGUCAGUUUAUUACUUGACAAUUAAUUAUGCAUUGGUCACUUUAAAAUACCAGAGGUAGAACAGGCUAUGGUCUCUGACUUGUUGGUGAAGUUAUGCACUCUUAGUCAGGUUUACUUUGGCCAGGGCUUGUGUCAAGAGUCUAAAUCACUUUACUUGUCAGCUCAGCAGCCCUUGUGUAGAAGUUGUGAGAAUUGGUUGUGUGUAUAUGGUUCUCCUCUGCUGAAAAUGGUGAUUUGGAAGAAGAUUACUGUGGCUUCCUUCAUGAUAAUAAUGGUAGAUAUGGUACUCCCCUAGCAUACUUUUGAUUGUAUGCAUGACUGCAAGUAAUGGCAGGUUCCACAAAAGGGGAACUGGGGCUGGCAUUAAAUCCAUGGCUGAGGUACCUGUGGAAUUUGGCCGUGCCCCCUGAAACCACUGUGGCUCUCCAUAAACUGCAUAAUGAGCAAUACUAUGCAGGCCUUGGUGGUGAUGGGUCAGCUGUCGUACAGCUGUCUUGCUAAGCAUUGCUUGCUUUUGGGACCUUAGUCAUCUCCACACAUACACACCCCACGUCUCCCCCAAAAUAUCUUGUUACAGAGUAUUUGGGGAUCCUAUUUCUUGAAAGUCCAUGUGUAGUUGAACAUUUCAGAUUUUUAGUUGAAAUGAAAAUCCUUAUACAUGGCCGUGUAGUCCUUGGAUUCAAGGUCAUCAGAUACUGCACUUAGCUCUGUCACUGACUUUCUUUGUGGCUUUGAAUGCAUUCAUUGGAACUCUGGGCUUCACGUUGCUCACUUGUAAUACAGGCAACUGCCUGGUUGUGUGGGGGCUGCGUUCCAGGCAUUCGCACGUGUUGACAGAGCACAUAUAAGCCUGCCCCAUUAUGCCCCCUUCCGGGUUCAAAAUUACCCACGUGUCAGCGGUCGUGCGUCAAUUGAACAUGUGCAAAAUGGUUGCCGCCUGUAUAUAUUUAUGUUGGGUGCAAGAACAUGUAGGCAGUGAGUUAGAUCCAGACUUAAGUGGAUCAUCCUUUAGUCACAUUUAAAACAAUGAAACGUAAGUGUAAUUAAUGUAGCCCAGAUCCAACCCACUGUAUAUGAAGAAACAGGAAACUGUGUCCAGCAUUAUUGCAAUCUCUGGGUUAACUUGUGUAAAGUGAAGAGGGGAUGUUGCUCAUAUUUUACUGUUUUCAUAGGUGUCCUUACUCAGAAGUGUUGGAAUCUGCUUUUUAAUGUUUAUGUAUGAGUUGCUUUUUAGGGACGCGGGUGGCGCUGUGGGUAAAACCUCAGCGCCUAGGACUUGCCGAUCACAUGGUCGGCGGUUCGAAUCCCCACGGCGGGGUGCGCUCCCGUCGUUCGGUCCCAGCUCCUGCCAACCUAGCAGUUCGAAAGCACCCCCGGGUGCAAGUAGAUAAAUAGGGACUGCUUACCAGCGGGAAGGUAAACGGUGUUCCGUGUGCUGCGCUGGCUCGCCAGAUGCAGCUUGUCACGCUGGCCAUGUGACCUGGAAGUGUCUGCAGACAGCGCUGGCUCCUGGCCUAUAGAGUGAGAUGAGCGCACAACCCUAGAGUCUGUCAAGACUGGACCGUACGGGCAGGGGUACCUUUACCUUUAUGAGUUGCUUUAAUCGGUGGAUUGUUGUCGUGAUACAUUUAGGUUAGAUCUCAGCUUGCAAUUUAUAUCUAAGAUCCUUUCCUGAUACCUCCUGGUAUCAAGGAUAUAUUUACUUUUUUCAUAGAGUCUGUGGAUUAUUUUGGACUACAACUCCUAUCAGCCCCAGCUAGGACAGUUGUGCUUUUGGGAGCUGAUGAGAGUUGUAGUCCAAAACAUAUGGAGGGCUUUAAUUUAGAGAAGCGUGCUUUGGUGUAUCUAUACUCGUGUUCACAGCAAUGCUUUGAGAACAUCCUGCUGCAGUAGUGAGAAAUAAUAACAAAGUAUUGUCUGUUAAUAAAAUGGAUACAACUGGAAUGGAUGUUUUCUGUAGUUCUAGCCUGUUCCUUUUCUCAAUAAUUCUGAAGCUCGUUUGCUGAGGGUGUGAAGCGGGUGUUUCAUUUUUGUAGACAUCAAAAGAUCACUUGGUUCCUGUAAAUGACCCUUUUGUCAGAGAUGUCCUAGGGCUCUGUUACAGAUUUAGAAAGCAAAGAUAGCAGGAAGUAAUUAGUGAAAAAAGUUGUUAAAAGAUUUUAAAAUAGCUCUUUCUCUCCUCGGGGAAUUUUCUCUUUCAGAGACAAGAUGAUACUUCUGACUUUUCUUUUUAAUGUGCUUCUAGCCCUUCCUAGUGUGUUGCAGUGCAGAGGAGGGUUUGAAGGAAUCUCAGCUGUAGUGUCCCCUCCUGAUGGUGACAUUCUGGGGAUUAGUUUGGCAUCUCUUCCAGAUGCUUUGUGGGAUAGUAGAAAUAAGCUGACACUUGGGAUUACCAGACUCUGACCUCUGAUUGAAAUGUGUGUUGUGUGUGUGUUCCUUAAAUCAACAAUUUUUUCAACCUGUGUUCAAGGAACCUUGAGGGUCCUCAGACAUUUAUUAGGUUCUUCUGUAAUCACUAAUUGCAGACAAGCUUCCCUGAAUGACAGCUUGCCCUCCUGCUACUGAUAUUUUCUGAAAUGCACAGCUAUAGGGAAGGGUUGGGUGUGGUUUACAGUGUACACUUUGGUCUCAUUGUUGCCCUGCAUGAACUAAUAGGCUUGGGCAAAGACUUAUGUGAACUGCCCCCUUGUAAUAGUCUUGUAAAUAAGCCCCCACGAGUUAAUAGCAUGCAAAAAAGAGAAGAAAAGAAGAAGAAUCACUUGUCUAUUGGGGGCUGGCAGAGGAGGGACUACGAGCUGCAUUUCUGUACUGGGUGUGGAAGAGGGGACUUUCCUCCAGCAGCCAGUUUGGUUUCUGUGCUGGUUCCUCUGCCAUCCUGUUCACCUGUCUGCAUAGAAUUUAAUGCACUUGCCUGUGUGCAGUUCCUGGUUGUCUAUGGUUAUGAGGCUAGUGCUUAAAUACAAGGGUGCCCUAGGCUGCUAUAGAAUACACAACGGUUCUGUGGCAGGACACAGGGGUUUCUGGGCAGGCAAGUCAUUGAGGAAAAAGUUUGAAACCAACUGACAUCAACCCCAGCCAUGGAUUUUGAAAUCAAAUUGUACCAUGUAGUUCUAUAGUCGAUGACUGAAUUAAAUUUAUUGUACUUCUCACCCAUGUUAGGUGACUUGCUAAACUUGUAUCUGGGUUAUACUGCUUCAGGCUACAGAUGACAGCUCAUUUGAUAGAAUAGUCAUUCCAACAAAAAAGAAAAAGAAACUGAAUCCCUACACCUACAAAGCAAGCUUGGUUGGAAUAAGCAGUUCUGUCUUAGCCUUCUUUCUGAUAUAUCACUUUUCUCUGUGGGGAUAUUUGUUUGUUUGUUUGUUUGUUUGUUUGUAACAUUCCAUCAUGUGAGCACCCCCACCCCAACCCAAGCAGUAUGAAAUUGAGCAAUCCAGACACAAGUUUACCACCUCCUCUACUGUUCUUACUACUAUGUUUUAAAUCAAUCACAUCAACUGUCCUCACAAUCCCUGGUCAUUUGCAUGGUUAUGGUCUUGAUAUAUUAGUAUUUUUGGUGCUUGAUAUAUUAGUAUUUUUUGUAUUUUCAGACAAUUAUUGUUUCCCAAAGCAGCUCCUAUCAACAGUCAGUGACAGGCCCUUCUUAUAGGGCUUACAAGCUAAAAAGAAGAAGAAACACAAGGGAAGAGGAGGGAGUGGAAAAGGCAGAGGAGGGAGAUCAUUCCACCCGCAUGUCUAUCUUGUGGCACAGAAAUUAAUUUACCUUCUUUUGAUUAAACUCUUGAUUUCUAGUGACAGAAGCUUCUUUUUCAGCAGCUGAGAAGUUUGAUUUUGCUUCUGAACAACAAAGCUUAUUGAAAUGGAGUACAAAUAAAUUACAAGGAAGACAACUUAUGCUUUUUGUUAGACAACGCUUGAAUGAGUCCAAAAUAUUUAGCAUACCUUAAUCUGCGUUAAGUUGUAUAUUAAAAUCACUGUUUUGUUUCCACAGGGUGGCAUUUUGCAGUGUUUCCAAGUUGUGAUAACCAAGGCGAGGCGAAUAGUCCAGGGAGCUUUUCUCCAUCUUAACAGAGCCAGGUAAACUGAACAAGCAGCCUGAACCCAAUAUUUUGUUUUGAGCUCCAGUAUGCAUGAUGAAAGUAGUGUAGAAUCUAUGUGACAUCCUCUUGUGAAAUGUCGCACCUGUCCGUACCCUCAAGGCCUGCUACCAACAUUCUUGAGAUACUUAGGCUGAGAAUAUUUUGUUCAUAGAAAUGGGGCUCUUAAGUCCUGAAAUGAUCAAAAUAUGUGGUGGUUCCAUUCAUAAGUUCAUGGUAUUAUUAUUUCAUGCUGGGGGUGGGGGAAGAACUGAGGAAAGAGUUUAGGCAGUAAACCUUGCAGGGGAAACAGCCAGGGGCUGCCCUUGAGCCUUCAAAUUAUACAGCAAGCAUAACUUGAUUCCAAUUUAUUGUAUAUUGGAAGAUGCCAUGGGCAGCCUGCCUUCACCCAUGUAGCUUUGAUAUGUCUUAAAGCCAACAUGGUAGCAUUUGUACAGGUUUCAUGUUGUCUUUGUGAACAAUUUCAGUGGGCUACUUAAAACCACUUAGCUCUACAUAUCCCAAAUAACCAUAAUCACCCCUGUGUCCCACGUUGGUGUCUAAAAUAGAUGAGUAACACCUUUUUAAGUUCAUGCACCAGUUAGGACUGUAGGAGCCUAUAGAAGAGUGACUGCCCCUUGACUGCAGAAUUUCUUCCCUCUGAGGACUCGGCAAAGAGAGUCUUCUAGAGCAUCAUCAGAAAGUGAGGUAAAAUGUAUACUGUGAGCAGAACAGAACACCAUCUCUUGAUAGUGGCCUGGUUCUCACAUCACACUAAGCCAAACCAUGCAGGCUCCCAGAGAGGAAACUGUGGCCACUUAGCUCUUCCCCAAUUGUUUUGCUCCUGUUGUAUACUGAGCUAAGCCAUGGUUUGGCAUAUGUUUUCAAUUGGAACCUGACUAUUUAGCUGCCGAGUCCAGAGGAGGAGGAGGAUUAGCAUGAUUAGCUUCCCUGCACGUGAUCUUUUUGCCUAUCUUUGGCUGUUUUGCUGGAUGGUAGCAAUCAAGCCUUGCUUCAAUGCCCCUAUAGCAGUAAAGGUUUGUCUUUUAUCUAAACCAGGGGUUGUCAACCUGGUCCCUACUGCCCACUAGUGGGUGUUUCAGGAUUCUGGGUGGGUGGUAGGGGGUUCUACGGCACAAGCUGAAUCCUCCUUACAUUGAGCACUGGUGGGCGGUAAGGAAAUUUUACCAUCAAGAAAGAUGCAUUAGCGGGUGGUAGGUAUAAAAAGGUUGACUACCCCUGAUCUAAACUGUAGUGACUUUAACAUUCAGGAACUUGUAAUUCUGUUGUCAAGUUUCCCUCUGAUUCAUUCAUUCAUUUUUCUAGUAUAUUUUGAGGCACAAGGUUUAUACUAUCAUCCUUAUUGGAUUGCCGUGGUGGCAGUUCAGAGAUAAAUGCCGCAGCCUGAACUGAAUAAUCAUAACUGUAUAAUAUAUUUUUUUCUGUUUCCUUUUCCUUUUCCCACUUCUAGUCUACUCUUAUUUUAAUUCCUUCAACCUUAGGAAUGAAGUGAAAGGAAGGGUACUGUUCACCUUAAUGCAGGGGUGGGAAACUGCAGCCUCCAGAUGUUACUGUAUGCAGCUCUAGGCAGCAUAGUCAAAGGUCAAGGAUUACAUGGGUUGUAGUCCAGCAACACCUGGAGGGCCACAAAUACUUCACCCCUGGCUCAAGGUUACCUUCUGAAUUGUGCAAAAUUUGUCUGAGGGAUGGGGCUGGUGUUUCUUGAUCCUGGUAAGUGGUGCCACCUGCUGGAAAAUGAAGCGCAAAAUGCUCAUUUUUUCCUUUUAAAAAGCUAUUUAUGUGUUUCACCUGUUGGUGGAAAGAAGCACCUUCCUUUUAAUUUCCAGAGUGACUGGCUUAUUCCAUAACUCCGCCUAUAGUCUGUUGGGAUAUAUCGUGGCUUUAGAACACAUUAUACUAACAUUCCUUCACCUGGCCCUUCCCACCAUAGGUUUGCUGACAAGCUAAAUUAAGAGGCAUUGCAGGACCCUUAAAAAGUUAUUGGGCUUUGGCAGGUCGCCAGUUUAGAGUUCCACAUUUGUGGAGCAACCACCCAAAUUCAUGGGCCAUUGUUGGGCAAAGUGAGAUCUUCUGUCAUAUAGUCAACAGACUGGUUCCUGAGGUCACAUGAGAAACGGUGUGUUGGCCUCAAAGGAGUUAAGAUUAUAAUACGUGAUGGUGCCAGGAAGGUGCAGUGACAUGUGCCAUCUUGCUAUAACUUGCUCCAUCUCUGAGGAGAAAUGCUUCCUUCAAGAUCUGGCUAAUUUUGAAGCCUUUGGAGAACUUCCCAUGCUUAUCUGUUGAUAGGUCUAGAGUCACAGUAGAUGAAUUUGUUAGAGCCUGCUCCCUAAUAUCCUGAUCUUGCUUUUAAUGGGCAUUUAUUGCCCUUUGAAAGGACAGCUGGGUCCUCUUGAAAGAUUAUGACUUAUUUCAGAUAAAAUUGAAUUGCCUAAGAGCAGCAACAUACACUGCAGUUGCCAAACAGGAAACUAGUGAGAUUUUGGUUAAACUGUUUGUGCGCAGAUUGCCAGAACAUAGUAUCACUUUUUAUUUUGUUUAAACAAAUGAUAUAGAAAUUACAAUGCACCCAAUCAAAUAUGGAUACUACAUUUCAUUCUCCUUGUAUGGUUUCUUGUAGGUGGAGCCCUGCAUGCUUUUCCCUAAGCGCAGAUUGCAUCUUUGAUUUCUCCUUCCUUGGCUGUUUUUGAUUAAACGUUCUCAUAGCCUGAGAUUACUAGGCAAGCAGGUAAUGUUAGCUCUUGGUCUAUUCUAAACUUCUUUUUCUUCUUAUAAACUACGAUCCAUUCUGUGCAGUUGGGAGGAAUUGAAAGGCUGCAUGGAUAAACUGUCAUCUGUGUGUGGUAUCUUAAUAUAGCUAAGAGACAUUCAUAUUGGUGAUUAAGCUAGCAAUCAGGCUGAAUGUUGCUGCUAAUUCAUUGUAAAAGUUUAUUUGUGAAUAUAUUUAUAUUCUGCUGUCUCAUAAAGAUAUAUCCCAGCAGCUUACAACAAUAUAAAAACAUAAAACCAAAUACAGUAGUACCUUGGGUAACGUUACCUUCGGGUAACAUUACCUUCAGGUAACAUAAUUUCGAGUUAUGAACACGGCAAACCUGGAAGUGUAUACUUCCACAGAAGCAACACCUUUGGAUACGGACUUCUUGGGGUAAGUAUGGACCCCCAGGACAAAUUAACUUUGUAUCCAGAGGGUCCAUUGUAAUAAAAAGUUAAAAAUAAGUUAAAAGCAAAAAAGAAAUAAAAAACAAACCUCAAUGAACCAUUGUGGGGGAUGUACUCUUAAUUUUCUGCAUAGGCCUGCAAAAGUUUUCAGCAGGUGUUUAAAAGUUUGCACAGAAGGUGCUCACUGAAUCUCUAUUAGCAGAGUGUUUCACAGGACUGGGCCGAUGAUACUAAAGGCUUGAUUUCUUGUUGUCAAAUGAGCCUGUUUGCCUCAUGCUUCCCAAGGAAGAGUGACUUACCGGAAGAAUAAGAAAUCAAGAUAACAAACUUUUUAUAAAAGAAUGGAAAUGGUUUAUUGAAUAUUUACAAAUAAAUUGCAAUCAGAUAAAAACAUUGGCAGGAUUAUUGUAAUAACCUGCAGUUUCAUAAGAGUAUAUAUUUAAAGUAGAUAAUUAAAUGAUCAAAUUAAAUGAAUUUGGAUAUGCAGAAGAUAUUAAAAAAUAAAUUUAAAGAACCGCAGAAAGAGGGGGAAGGAAGUCAAACUUUGAAAUGUUAGAAUGAUUGUAAAAUUAGUGAAAUGUAUAAAUUUGAAACGUAUAAAUAAAAACUUUUUUUUAAAAGAGUGAGUUCAAUACCUGGUCACUUGCUUCUGUGUCAAAUGCUGUUGGUGUGCCCACAGGACUGUAGCAUUGUAACAUGUUCUCCUGACAGCGUUUUGUUCAAGGCAGCUGUAAACCAUUUAUUUUCCUGUGGAAAAUGAACUUGUCAGUCUUUACUAUAUUGUGGCCCCAGCUGAGCACUCCCAGGAGAUCCAGCAUGAUCUACAGUUUCCAUUCUUGCUGAUCAUUGGCUAUGUGGGCAAGGGCUGAUGGAAACUGAAGCCUCACAGUAUCUUGAGGGACACAGGCUCCACAUCCCGGGUUUAGGAAAGAACUGCUGCUAACUAGGCAGCUCCUAUGGAUAGGGUAUUGCUGGUUUUAACUGUUAAUACUUAGCCUUUUCCUUGCCUAUUAUUCUUAACAUAGUAAACCAUUCUUGUAUCUUUUUUGUUGGUGAUUAAUAUUUAGAAGUCUCAGGAACUGGGAAGAGGGGAAUGAACCGUGAGGGUGUCCCCGGGAAGAGUCCGGAGGAGAUGUAUAUUCAGCAGAAAGUCAGAGUCCUGCUAAUGCUUAGGAAGAUGGGAUCAAAUGUAAGUAUUGUAGGCAGCCUUGUAGACCCUCACAGAAGCUACUAGUUCAGCAUAAUUUGUACUAGCCUCUAGAACACCAUGCCCAUGUUAGUUGUUUGUGGCACUCUAGGGGUUUAAAGAGAGACAGCCAUUUUCCAGUUUGCAAAACUUUUCUUGCUUGUUCACCUCAAAUUGAUUCUUUCUUGUACAGGGCAACUUAGAGGGGUAGCUAGUUACAAUCAUGGACUUUUGUGACUAAGAGCCUCCCUACAUUCUUCUAUAGCUUUCCUUAGGGACGCGGGUGGCGCUAUGGUCUAAACCACUGAGCCACUUGGACUUGCCGAUCAGAAGAUUGGUGGUUCAAAUCGCCAUGAUGGGGUGAACUCCUGUUGCUCUAUCCCAGCUCCUGCCAACCUAGCAGUUUGAAAGCACACCAGUGCAAGCAGAUAAAUACUAUAGGUACCGCUGUGGUGGAAGGUAAAUGGCAUUUCCAUGCACUCUGGUUUCCGUCACGGUGUUCCAUUGCACCAGAAGUGGUUUAGUCAUGCUGGCCACCUGGCCUGUAAAGCUGUCUGUGGACAAACGCCGGCUCCCUCAGCCUGAAAGCGAGAAAGGGAAAGAACCCCAUAGUCGCGUUUGACUGGACUUAAUCAUCCGGGGUCCUUUCCCUUUUUUACCUAUAGCUUUCCUUAAAGGUUCCAGUUUCUCUUGAGCAGAUAACUUUGAAUGUGGCACAGGAUAAUAUUACUUCUGCUUGAUUUUACAUCUUAAAAAGAAUACAGUAAUACUAAAUUUUUGCCCCCAAACCUUUAUCCCAUAAGAACAAAAGAUAAGCCUUGCAACUGGAUCAGACUGAAGGACCAUCUAGUCCAGCAUCCUGUUCUCACAGUGGCCAACCAGGUGCCUAAAGGCAGUCCACAAGGACAAAAUGAGGGCAUUUUCAUUCUCUCACUUGUGAUCCCAAGAUAAUAGCUAUGAUGACUAAUAGCCUAAAUGCUAGUAAUUAUUUUGCAGAUACUACAUCUAGGUUUCUGCAAUUUUUCUACCUACUCCUUUUUGAAAAUUAAAAUUGUAAAAUGUAAAAUGAAUGUAUGAUUUUAAUAGAGGAAUACAUAAAUAAUAUUUUGUAGCACCUGGAUUUUCUUCUUUUCUCUCUCUGUCUCUCCUUUUUUAAAUUAUUGGGCAAAGUAAUUUCAUUUUAUAUUGCCAUGUGUAGAUGAAUAAAACAGUAGCUAUCUCCAAAUUAUUUUUGAUUUCAUGGGGAUCAUUUAGUGUGGUGUCCAUUUAGUGUGGUUUCACAAAAAGGGGAAGUUGUUUUUAUGGCCCCUUCUUGUGUGACUGGAAGCAGGUACAAGUGACAGUAAGGAAAACUGAACUGAACUGUGAUGAAUUGUACUCUGAAUAGUAAAUAAGCACAGACCCUACUGCUGAGUUUCUAUUUGUGGAUUUGCCUUUCUUUGUCCUUGUACAGUUAACCACCAGUGAAGAGGAGUUCUUGAGAACGUACGCAGGGGUAGUGAAUAGCCAACUUAGCCAACUUCCUCAGCAUUCAAUUGAUCAGGGUGAGUAGCAGGGGAAACGGAGACAUGUAAGCUUUCCAAAUAUUUAUUGGUAUAAGUGGUCUUUGUGGAAAUGCAUUUAAAUUUAUUUUAAAGCUACAGAAAAGGUUUAUUUAUAUUAUUUUACUUAGGAAAAAAGUAAGUAUCUGGAUAGACUUGUUGAAAUAAAACAUUUUGUAUCUAGCAUCUAAAAUAAUACAGUGAGGAUGCCUGUCUAAUGCUCAUAGGCAGGGAGUUCCAAAGCAUAGAUGCUACCAUGUUGAAAGAUCAAGACUCAGGAAGGGAAAAACUUUGUGCUCCCUGUGCUAAAAUAAAUCCAAAAUCAGCAAGAAAGUUAACAUAAUUUUUUGCCAAGAAAGAAAGCUAAGUCUUGUGCCCCCAUAAAUUUGUCAAACAUGAUUCUAUUUGAUUGUAUUACAUUUGUCUGCUGUUGUUUUUGUGGGAAGGGGAAGGAGCAAAGAUCUAUGUAAGAUGCAGAAGAUGAAAAUUCAGCUUUAAUGAUGGAUGAAGUUCUUUUUAAAUACCCUAGAGAUGCUUGAGGAACAAAAAGCAGCAUAAGCCACAAGGGCUUCAAAUGCUCGAUCCAUCAGCAGGGGAGUUCACUGAAGGACAGUAGUAGGUUCCAGGAUCCUGUAUGAUGGAACUUGGGUUUUGAUCAUUUUCUUGGCCGUGAGCUAAGCUGCAUCUGUAGUCGCAGAAGGAAUUAUUAAUUCUGACUCCACAUCACCCCUCUUUGGUAUUAGCAGCCCCCUGUUGACAUUGUGACAUUAAUUGUUUUGGUUUCCAAAAGUGGGAGUAACCCUUGGAGUACUCUGAUGCCUUCUGUUAGAAGGAGGGACGUUACAAAUCAUUUUGUUCUUGGAGCAUUAUUCCUCAAAAGCUCUUGAGGGUGGGGCUCAAGGAUUCCCCAUUAAGGCAUUAAACCAAAAUUAAGAGACCAAUGUAGAAAUGUAUUAAUUUUGAUGCCAAUGUGAGUCCUGUAGCUUGUGGAAAUGUUAAUGGAUGCACAGCUGGUAUGAUAUCUAUGAUCCCCCAAAGGUUGUACAGAACAAGCUGAAACAUCCACUCAGUUGGCAAGUACAAAAAAUAUAACCUGGUUUGGUCAUACAUUGCCCAGCUUUUCAAGCCAUAGUUUAGCAGCUGAAUAUGGACGUUGGGACACGCUUGCUACAUCCCUUCCUUGGCAUGCCAGUCUUGCUUAGGUCAAAGUUCCCUAUUAAGUCCAAAACAGAAUUGAUGUCAGUUUACUAACUUUAAACUUUACUAAAGUUUACUAAAUUUAACAGUUUGUACAUGAACUAAGAUCCCUGUUUGUGAACUAACAUUAAACCACAGUUCUCCAUUUUGUAUGUUUAUUAGUGAUUGCAAACUGCUGUGGAAAUUUUAAAUUGAAAUACAGACAUGUUGAAUAAUUAUUUUAAUUUGUCAUUCUAAAGUGUGAUAGAAUAUUGAGAACUGGCUUAUGUAGUGCAGCCCUCCAGAUGUUGAACUCCAGCUCCUAUCAGCCCCAGCCAGCAUGGUCCAUGGUCAGGGAUGGUAAUGCAUCUGGAGGGCUGCAGAAGCUCUCCCACUGCUCUAAACCAAGAGCAUCUUAAACCUGCAGAGCUUCACAGGAACUGCUCUUGAGAACUUCUGCUCUAGGGAGUCACUGCUUUUCUCAUUCUUACUCUUUGGACAGGAGAAGAGGUAACCAUGGAGGUAAUUAAAUAACAUCAAGUAUAUUCCAGUGUCUUAAUUAGCCAAACUGAAAUUGGUUGUCUGAAUGGAGAUCUUCUCCACUAGAUGGCAGUAGCUUCCUAUAAAAACCAAUUUCAGAACCUCUAAGAUGCUUGAAUUUAAAAUAUUCCCAUUUCCCCUAGAAAAUAGUGUCUAUUUACCUCCUACCACCCUACCCCUAUAUCUUGCAUCUAGGUGUCAAAGGAAAUUUUAAAAUCUGAUUUGCAAAGCCUUUGAUGUGCAUCAAAGAUUCAUCUAAAUCCCCUUUGGGGCUGGGUAUUAAUUUAAUGGUUCCUCAGAUCCUGACCGUGGAGUUCCACAUUCUCCUGAAUCCAGCCACAUUUCUAAAUUUGCAAACACAAACUUUCAUAGCUUGAUUAUACAUGAAGGUUUUGCUUUUUUCCAUUUAAUAGAAAUUCUGCCUUUUGCAUAUUCUGCUCUCAUCUGGACCAACUCCCUGCCUCUGCAAUGGCAAACACUGUGGCAGUUGCUCAGCUAUGCCUUUGUUGACAUAGCUAGAAAGCAGGGAGGUGUAUGCUGAAGACUGGUUCAAUUUCUAGUCCCUAGGCUGGAGCAGCCAACCUAGUGCCCCCCCCCGGGUGUUGUUAGACUACAACCUCCAUAAUCUCUGACCAUUGGCCAUGCUGAGCUGAUGAGAGUUGUAGUCCAGCACCACCUGGAGGGCACCACUUUGGCUACCUCAACCCUAGAAAAUGGUAACUGGUUGCUGAGUGGCAAAUCUUGUUUUCAGGUAGGGUUACUUUGUCACUUCACCCAAAGACAUUGGUCUCUUAUGUGCAGAAUAGCCACGUUAGAUGAUCUAACGUCGGUUAUGCUAUUCAGUCUUCAUUCUUUAACAGAUGGGGUGCGCUCCCAUUUCAGUGUGAUUUAGACAUUUGCCAAGUAUGUUGGCAGAAAGGAUUUGGAGAUGCUUUAAGUUCUGUGGAGGAGUUCAGAGUGGGAAUAAGCUGCAUGGCUGUCAUAGAAACAUGGGUGAAAGCUGGAAAGCUCUAGAAUUCCCUACCUUGCAAUCUGGAAGUGCCACAUUGAAAGUGAUGUUAAGAAUUCACUGGAAGGUAAUUAGCACAGUACUUCUCAAAACGCAAGCUGUUCCUCUUGGAGUCUUUGACACCAAGGGAUAUUUUGAAACCGAACUCCCAAGGUUUGUUCUUCGGCAGGGGCUCAGAGGUAUGAAAGAUCUGAAGAAUGGAGGCCUUAAUCUGUAAGUACAUGCCUCAGGGAAUGUUGGCCGCCUUCUUUCUCAGUCAUCUGUUUUGAUCUAUUCUGCAUUAGUUCCCCGCCUAUUAAAGAAGGAGCAAAAGCAGCAGCUCUUGAGGGUUUGUGCUAAGCUGCUACUUGUCAGAUAAACUGAAAGGCGUUACACUCUUGAAACGCUCUGUGCAAAUACAGUUGGAUGCAUCUGGGGUUUUUUGCUUUUUAAAAUGAAGAGGUUGCAAUUAGGUUGUACUGUUGGUUAUUUGCAUAAUGAGACUGGAAAGCAGAAUCUGUGUGGUCGUUAAAGUGGGAGUAUCAACCUUGGUGACUCUGCUGCCCUGCCUUGUUGGUUCUUGGAGAGAGCCAGUUCCCUUGGGGAGCACAGAGCUGAGAUGCAAAUAUACUCUGUGCAGAUAGGCUGAUGGACUAGGCUAGGGGAGCCACUCAGCCUGCACUGUGAAUUUUGUGCAAUAUUCUUCAACCCCAAGUCCUCACUUGGUGUUGGACUGUGACUCCCCAUCAUCCCCAGCCAGCUUAGCCAGUGAUCAGGCAUGAUGGGAGAUGUAAUCCUACAGCAAUGGUGGACCCAAGGUUGUAGAGUACUGUUUUAGGGGAAGAAAGUUGCCUGAGGUUUGAAAGUAGACGGGGAUCAGAUAAGAUUUGGAUUCAGGGUUGUAAUACUUGGUUUUGCUGGGAUGCCUUUCAUUGUUUUGUGUGUUCCUUCCUGCUAGCACACAGUUAGGAUCUUCUUUUUUUGCACAUGAACAAAGGAAAAGGAUACUUUGAAGGCUAUGGAGGAAGGCUUUGCUUUUAGCAACAUGCUGUCAGGCCUAUGCAGUUGUUUGACAUUUUCUUGAGUAACCAGUCAUGUUAAUGAUUGUUCUGCACUCUCUUUAAUGGUGUGUCUGUUUAUGUUGCUGAACGUUGUCCAGAUACGUUAUGAGAGGGCAGGGUAUGAAUACUUUUAUAAAAAUAAACAUACGUUUUGUGUUUUCACCACUCAUUCCCAAAAUGUUGUAGAUACAUGCCAGAGAAACAAAGAUGCUUUGAAGCUGUUACAGUGGUACCUCAGGUUAAGUACUUAAUUCGUUCCGGAGGUCCAUACUUAACCUAAAACUGUUCUUAACCUGAAGCACCACUUUAGCUAAUGGGGCCUCCUGCUGCUGCCGCGCCGCCGGAGCCUGAUUUCUGUUCUCAUCCCGAAGCAAAGUUCUUAACCUGAAGCACUAUUUCUGGGUUAGCGGAGUCUGUAACCUGAAGCGUAUGUAACCUAAGGUAUCACUGUACCGAAAAUGUUCCCAGCAGCUGCCUACAGAAUUGCAACACCUCUGGUUAGAGAGCCGGUAUGGGGUAGUACACUACAUCAAUCUGUGGCCCUCCAAAUGUUGUGGUACUCCAACUCCCAUCAGCCCUAGCCAGUGCAGCCAGAGAUCAGGGAUGAUGGGAACUGUAGUCCAACAACAUUUGAAGGGCAACAGUAAAGUGUUGGACCAGGGAAAUGCUUGGUCUAAUUUUUGUUCUUCCAUGAGACCUACUGAGUGACUAGGAGACGUUUGCUCUCUUCUAAUCGCAGGGUGGCUUUGAGAUGGGAGAGUCCUGAUCUCCUUGGAGGAAAAUAAAUAAAUAAAGGGUCGUUUUCAAAAGGCAGAUUUGUAGCCUUGGUUCUAAAGCGGUAGAGAUAAAUUUACCAUAUUUUUCGCUCUAUAACACGCUCCCAACCAUAACACGCACAUAGUUUUUAGAGGAGGAAAACAAGAAAAAAAAUAUUCUAAACGAAACAGUGGAUGUAUGAUUUUUGUGGUUCAUGCUGUGGCCACAGACAUGUGAUCUGACGGUGAGUUUGGGGUAACCCAAUGCAAAAAUCCUGAGGAUCUAUGUGGAUCCGUGCUUUGUAACCACGUUUUUGCACCACUGUGGCCCCAGGCAACAGUGGGUGCGUGAUUUUUUUUGGUGCAAGCUGUAGCCAUGGACAUGCUAUGUGAUCUGAUGGUGAAUUUGGGGUGACCCAGUGCAAAAAUCCUGAGGAUCCAUGUGGAUCCGUGCUUUGUAACCACGUGAAUGAAGGAACUGUCAGUAAUGUAUGGUAUCUCCAAUACAGUGAUGAAGGAAGAGGAGGGGGGGAGCUCACACUUGUUCUAGGCAAAGCAGCCAACUCCUAUAGGCCUAGGUGCCUUCACCCCCCCCAUUAAAUAUUUGAGGGAGUCAUCCUCCCCCCAUGCUUUGUCUUGAGAUCAUUGCAGUCUGUGAGAUGGGGCUUACCUGUACCUGCCCCCCCCAAUAUUUUAUUGAAGUUGGAACAGGGAGGGAGGGAGGGAAGAGAGAUGGAGAGCUCACAUUUGUCCUAGGCAAAGCAGCCAACUCCUAUGGGCCUAGGUGCCUUCACCCCCCCAUUAAAUAUUUGAGGGAGUCAUCCCCCACCCCCCCAUUGUGGUAUGUGAGUGGGGAUUACCUGGGUGUCCUCCCAAUAUUGUUUGAAGUUGGAAGAGGGAGGGAGGGAGGGAAGGAAGAGAGAGGGGGAACUCACAUUUGUGCAGCUGCCUUGCCUCAAACCGGAGCAAAAAGAGGAGGAGGAGACUCAGGGACACGAGCCUUGUAAGCCGCUUUGUUUGAAUUUACCGGUGAGGUGCUGGGGGAGGGACGGAAGGGGAUGCCCUCUUUGUCCCUCCUUCCAGCUCAUUGUAAAGAAAGCAGAGUAAGAGCCGCUUACAUUUGUGUAAGGGAGAGCCAUAGAGCAGGCAGACAGGAGAAAGAGAGGCUGUCUCCCUUUCCCCACCUUGGCUUUUACACACUGCGUGCAGCUCUUGCCGGCUUCCGAGCUGCCUCCCUUCUCCCACCUCGCCAAAAAGCCAUAGAGCAGGCAGACAGGAGGAAGAGAGGCUGUCUCCCAACACUCAGCUGUUGCUCAGCUGUUGCCGGCUUCUCAGCAAGCCAAGCGGAGGAAGAGAGGCUGCCGAACAGCCAGCAAGAGCGGCUCCUCCUGCCUGCAUUCGCUCCAAAGCGCGCAGACACAUUUUCCUUUACCUUUUAGGGGGGGAAAACUGAGUGUUAUGGUGCGAAAGGUACGGUAAUAAGGGAGUUUCAACCACAUAAAUCAUGCUAUAGAAUACACCCUAAUUCCUAACGUCAGAUCAUCUUUACAGGAAGCCAGACCGCAUUAUAAAAUUGCUCCCCUCCCACCUAUUAUUGUGAUUCCAUUAUUUGUCACAUCUGCCUUUUUCUAGCCCAGACACAGUUGGUGUGAGUCACUCAACAUAGCUUUUGGGCAUAAUUUUGGAGUCUAAUCUGCCAUGGAAUUGAGCAGCUCAAAGAGACCUGUGUAAACUGGGACUUGCUAAGAUGAAUCAUCUAAUGGGAAUCUUCACAACUGGCUUCCUACUUGGUUUUGUCUGUUCACAAAGUCUGUGUUCAUGCUGAACAACAGACAUUUCCACUAGUGAAUGCAGCAUCUAGUGAGCGCCUGCAGCUUUCUCUGCUGUUCAUCGUUAUUAACCAGUUUCCAAACCUUCAGGGCUAUUCAAUUUCUUUUUAAAAAGAGAUAAAUGGCAAGAAAAUAUGAAAAUAUUUCCAGAGUGGAAGCUGUGUCACCCCAGUAUGGUUCCCCUUUAUCAUAUACAUACCCCAACAAUACAACAAGAAUCCACCAACAGCAUACAAAUCAAUAUGGCUAGCCUGAUCCAAAAAUCCACCCCCUCACACACUCACACUCACACACAUAAACAAAUCUCACUACAGCCAACCACACCCUAGGCCACCCCCAACCUCUCUCAUCACCAAGGAAAUAUAACAAGCGAAUAGUUAGAGAACUCAUCCAAGUGACGCUGACACAAAACCCCACACAUAGAAGGAUAGAAGCAUUACCACCCCACCCCACUCACCAUACCCCUCUCCCCCCUUUUCUUUCCAACCUAAUACUGCAUGCAACACUUAUGUCUCACAACAAAUGAAACUGAUCCGUAGAAAACACAACUUGAAAAAGAGACGAUGCACGUAUUUUUUAAACUAAUAAAUCUUUAAUAAUAAAAAACAAAAAAAGAAGGAAAAGACUUCUGCACUGAGACAGAAUCCCCCUUUUCCUGCCAAGCAGCUAAUUAUUUGAAUAAUAAUGAUAAUGAUAAUAUUUUUUUAUUUGUAUCCCACCCUUUGGACUGGGUUGUCACCCUAGGAGGGCAUGCCUCUUGGAGGUAGUUUGGAAAGCAUCGUUUGGGCGUGCAGCUGCAGAAUUAAACAGGUUUAAGGUUUGCUAUUUUGUUUUUUUGUGCGCCACUUGAACUCGGUUCUUAACCUUGAAUAGUAGAAAGAUGUUUGCAUAUCAUUUGAACAUACUGGUAGCACUACCAUCAUGCACCACAAAGUAAGGAAAAUAUAAGAAACUGGUCCCUAGAAGCAUGUUUGAGCUGAAGGUGGUUCCUGGGUUUGAAAAAGUUGAAGACAAUAUGAGAGUAGAUACCAGAGACCUUUGUAAGCGGGCAGGUUGAAUAGCAAUUGGCCAAUGAGCUUGUGUGCAGAAUUUUUUUCUAGUUCCUUUUCAUGCUACUGGAAGUGUCAGCAAUAAUGUUCAUAUAGAUUCAGCUCUGAUUCCCAGGCAUUUGGCAAAUAUUCUGCUUGUUUUCCAGGCUGUGAUGUGUUUUCCUUUCCAAAACCAUAUUCAUUGUAAAGGUUACCUGUCUGAGCUAUCGACCUGUGCCCUUACUUUCUUAUGUUUGUUUACCUCCUAGCCAUGGCAAAGUUCCUCUGUUUCUCUUUUGGCACCAUUUAUUAAUAAUAAUUGUUGUGGCCUGCAAGCAGUUUGCUACUCUUGCUGAUCAAGUGGUGAAUUUAUCACACUAGUUUCCUUUGCCUUUUGGGGAGCAACCAUAUUCCCUUUGGAAAUAAAAUACGCGAAAAGCAGAUGAAUGCACCAUAGCUAGAAGGUGGCGAAAAGCAGAUGAAUGCACCAUAGCUAGAAGGUGGCGAAAAGCAGAUGAAUGCACCAUAGCUAGAAGGUGCCAUUGUAUUGCUGGAGAACCAGACAGGGUCUGUAAUGAAACCUGAGGCCACUAUAAAAAUCAAAGUUUGGUUUGGCAGGAGGGAGAGAGGAAGUAAAUUCUGCUCGGAACUGUAACUGCAGACACAGCUUCAGGUCCUGCUGCCUGGGAAAUAAUAUUCAUGGUUCACCAGUUCAGAUUCACAGCAAUUGUCCUGUGGCAACAGGCUCUUCCACUGCCUUGUGCAAGCUAUUUUUCAUGUUAAGAAUUAUGCUGGACUACACAAUGGCUUUAAAUAUUUUUUCCUGUAUAGACUUAGGGCAGCUUAAUGCAAGAUAAAGAGUUAAAAUAUCUGUGCAUGCACACACAUGAAUGUAGAACAGCCUGGUUAAGCACAAGUCCAGGUGAUUUUGCCAAGAACAACUUUGCAAAUAGGUCUGUAAAAAAAUAAAUAGUAGCCCACCUGCUCCCAUGUAUCAUUGGCAGUCAUUUGUGCCCUAAAAGUAAACAACUGUUCCACCUGAUCACCUGGAAGCAAUUUCUUAGUCUCCACAGGCAGUUGCCUAUUUAUAAGCUUGGCUAGGGGUGAGUUGAUACUCUCAUCAGUGAAGGAGCCAGCUAUCUUAGGCUCUGCGCCAACAGCUUUGUUUGAACAAGCUGCAACUGAAGCCUUCACUUCAGCUUGGGAGUGAUCUUAGGUUCACUCCCCCUGUGAGUUGUUGGUGUAGUAACUGGUGUAGAUUCCUCAACUGCUAUAUGAAAUGUUGGACUGAAUUCUCAAUCUCCAGCAAUCUCCAGUCAGCAUUUAUUUCUACAGACUGGUUAUUUUCAGCAUUGUCAUUUGCUGCUUAUCUGGGACAAAUAGCAACAGUGCCCCACCACCUCCAUUCUGAUCUUAGGCUUUGCUUCUUUACUUCUUCAAGAAUAUACCAGACCUCACAAGCAUCAUCUGAAACCCUUCUUGUGUGUCCUAUUUGAGAGAGGCUUAGAGGGUGCCAGUAAAGGAGAGGACCUUUUCUGUUGUGACACCACCACCAGUAGUGAAAUGCUCUCACAAGUGAAACAUAAACUUUCCUGGCACUGACACUGACAUAGUUUAUGUGCCAGGUAAAGAUUUUCCUUUCCACUUAGGUGUUUGAUGGAAUUCACAAAGUUUUUAAAUUUGGUUGUAAGUCACCUGAGUCUGCUCCAUGUCCAGCGACUCACACAUGAAACAAACAAACAUAUAAUCAGCCACACAAGCUGCUUACUAAGCACAGGUUUUCAAUUAAUAGGCAACCUCAUCUCAAAUUGCCACUUCUGGCCCAAAAAAGGUUAGCAAAUCUGGUCCACUUUCAGAAAAUGGGAUGAGGCAAUAAACUUGUUUCUGAACUGCGUUGCUUCACACUGCCUUUUGUGACUCCCAUUAAGGGACCAUCUUCUAUGUUGGAAAAUUUCUCUUCUCACAGAAAACUGGCAUGUUGAGUUGAAGACUAAACUAGAAACUUUCUCCCUUACAUAUUUCUCACUGUAUGGCAGAGCUGCCCACCUGCAGCCCAGUGGAACAGUUUAGGUUGAAUCUACUGCUUAAACCUCAUUUGCACAGUUUGUCUCCCGAAAAGAAAUUCUUGUAGCUCAGUGAAUUAGGUUUAACUGGGUAUUGACUACUUACAAAACUCGAUUACCUUUACUAUCUUUUUCUAAAAGGUUUGCUUUCAAUAUCUAGGAUAGACCAGUUGAAGUUACUGGGCCUCAAAGGGUUAUAUAAAUAGGUCUACCCUGAGUAGGACCAAGACAGACUACAACCUUUAAUUAUUUCAUCUUCACCUAAGAUUUUAUUCCAGAUGAUUUGGGUUCUGCAGUGAAUGAUGGUACUUAAGAAAUUAAAUAGAUGCCAUUCAUUUCUGCAUCUUCCUCUAGCUUCUUUGUGUAAUUUGGCUAUAUAUAAUCUAACUGUAGAAAUCUUCCGGUCUUCGGUGCAGCUGGAGAUUUCUUGGGGUGUUGCUUUGUAAACUCUUCUGCUCUGGCCACUGUAAUCUGUAAUAGGGCAAAGAAAAGAAAACUGAUUUGGGCUGCUGAAAUUGGCAGUGGGGCUUUUGGAAGGCUGGGAGGAUUAUCUUGAAAUAAGUCUCCUGUGCUUACAUAAGAUCCACUAGAAAUUUUCUUUCCUCUUCUUUUUUAAAAAAUGGGGUUUUGGAAGAGAGUGGGGAUUGGGAUUGGGAUGGGGGAGGAAGAAGCAUCUGCUGUCUGUUAGAUAACUCUGCUCAUCUACUUUGUGGGCCAUGAUGUCAUCUGUUAUCUUGUUGUUGCUAGGAAACCCUGCUUCCAUGGAAUUUCCACACCAAAGGCACCUCUGGGUUUAAAAGUAAUGCACAUUAGAAGAAGAAGCCUGCCGCUUGGAUCUCCUGCCUUGUUCUGCCUUGCUCUUUUUGGUUGAUUUCCCCCCUUUCCCCAAAAGGAUGAGAUUCUAGUAGAACCUGCAUAGCAUCUCUCUCAGUCUUAGCUCUUCCUACGAAGGAGCUACUAGGGGCCUUUGAUCUGAUUCAGCAGGGCUGCUCUUAUGAACCCAGCAGCAUCAUAUUUCUAACAAGAACAGAGAAUCCUCUGUCACCUUUGAGCCCCUUUGUGGACUGGAGCCAAAGCAAUAAAAUCAGACUGAUCUACUCCCAAUAAGCAGCUGUCUGUGAUAAGUCAGCAUAGCAAGAAAGAUAGCUGAAAGUGGACAGCUCCACUUUGUUAGUAUAUAUUUGGACUCUGCAGGAAAAUGGAACCAAUUUCUACUGCCCCUUGCCUUUCAUGGACUUCUGAUCUCAUUGUUUCCAAAUCUUUAUGUAUAUCUAUAUGUGUGUGUGUGUGUGUGUGUGUGUGUCUGAGAGAGAGAGAGAGAGAGAGAGAGAGAGAGAGAGACAGAUCGCCCACCAUACAAUUGGAGUAGCCUGCAACACUUGAAAGCUGGUGUCUCAGUAAAUAUCUGCUUUUAAGACAGAUUCUGCAGCUACCUCUUUGGAAUUCAUCAUAUUAAUAAUUUUCUUUUCAAACACACCCAAAUAGCAAACAGGUAUGGAUGUUUUUCCAAUACUAGUGUUGUCUAGUCCAUAAAUUUUGACAAAGGAUAGAAUAGCAGCAGAGGAUCGGUUAUGACCCUCAAGGUAAUGAAUUGAUGCAAGGUUCUGUAGACAGAGAGUGUAGUUCUUGUUGCAUUUUCAUACUUCCUAGCCUUCUAAGAAGUUCAGAAUGGCUUACAUUAUUAUCCUUGGGAUUUGUGUAAGGAGGGCAAAGAAGUAAAUGAAUAUAGAAGGUCUGCCACAAUAGUUAAACCACAAACAGAAACUGGUCUUACUUUGAAUCUUCAAUUUUCGACUUUUUAGCAUGCCUUUUUAACUUCAGUGGAGUUUGUUUUGUUUUGUUUUGUUUUGUUUGUUGUCUUUGUUGGAUCUAUCCACUGCAGUUUGACUAAUGAGUGGGAUUCACCUAAUAAGCCCCUUGUGUUUGUGAAUGGGGAUUCCUCUCCUCCCACUCUGCACUCCCUCCCACUUCAAAUUGGCGGGGGUGGGGGUGGGGAUAACCCCAAGCAGUGAGAGGGAGGGAGAUCAUUGCAUCCAGUAAACUGAAAAGCUUGUGCAGAUGAAACAUUUAUAACUGUGCUACAUUUAAUUCCACCCAGUGACUUCCAGGAAAAUAACUUGGGCUCCAAGCUCUCUAGUUUAAUUUGGAACUAGGACACUGAUCUUUCAGUGUAAUUUUGUGUGUUUGAGAUUUGUACCUCAUCCUGUAAAAAUGAGAAUUUAAUAGUCCUUCACAUGAUUGAGAUGUUUUCACUAACAGGUGUUUUGCAGAAUGCUUGAAAGAUUACUUUACUGACUUUAUUUUCUUAAAGCUCUUUUUAAAGACUUUGCACUUAAUUUAUCUCAACACACUAAGCUCCUUAGCUUACUAAAGCUUCAGUAAUGUUUGUCCAGACAGUGGUUUCUUCUAGAUCCUUAUUCCUCCUCCACUUAAAAGAUGGAGGCGAGAGAAAAAUAAGAUGCAUACAAAUUGCUAUAACUCUUGCAAAAUGGAACUUAUAUGAUACAAGUUGCAAAGAAAAUACAAAAGAAUUCAGUUUUACAUUUCAUUCAAGCCAACAUGGUUCUCAAUCUGGAUUAUAGACUUUUAACUGCUCACUCCACAGUUAUUUCCCUUCACAGAAUCAAUGAAUAUUGGUAACAUCAAGAUUACUGACCAUGCUCCAGUAGAAGUGACCAUAGGACUGAGCAAUGACAUCCAAAUCCAUUUAACCCUAUUUUAGAGACUAAUCAACUAUCUAGAUAAAGGAUAGCAGAAACCCUACAAUUCUAUUUUAAGGAAUACAACAAUAACAGCACCAAUUCUACCAGCCUUGGGGGAGGCUAUGAAAGCAGUGACAAGAGGUAUAUGUCUCAAAGAAAGAUCAUAUAUUAAACCUCUACAACAAUAACCAAACUAGAAAUGGAAAUUACUGAUCUACUAACUAAAUAUAAAAGUUCUGGUUCAAAACAUCUUCUCAGAGUAAUUGAACAAAAGAGGCAAGAUAUAGACUAGAAAUUAAUAACACACUAGUCAACCUCUUAUAAGUGAAACAACACUUUUAUGAAUAUGGAAGUAAAAACUCUAGACUUUUGGCAAACAGAUGUAAAAAGAAAAAAUUGAGGUCUUUAUCUUUUAAAAAGUUCCUCCAGGUGGCGCCCUUGCUCAAGUCUUUUAGAGAGACUGCUCAUACAUUAAGGUUGAAGUCACCCCCUAGUAUGGCUUCUCCCUUUAGCAAGUUUAUUGAAUUUACAUAAUGCCAGACCCUCAAAGUGUCCCUAUUUUCCAGGGAUGUCCCUGAUUCAGAGAAGCUGUGCCAGUUUCUUAUUUGAUCCUGGAAUGUCCUACUUUUCCAUAGGAUUUCCCUAUUUUCAAUGGAUGAAUGUUGGAGGGUAUGGUAGGAUGUCCCUAUUUUCAUUGGAGAAAUAUUGGAGGGUAUGGAGUUAUCCAGCCUCCGAGCCGCCUGAAGGCAAUCCUGUAUAGGGAAGGUUUUUUUUUCAAAUGUUUAAUGUUUUAUUAUGUUUCUAUAUAUGUUGGAAGCUGCUCAGAGUGCUGGGGCAACCCAAUAAGAUGUGUGGAGUAUAAAUAGUAAAAUUAUCACUAUGCAAUGGGACAUCCCUAUUUUCAUUGGAGAAAUGUUGGAGGGUAUGUCAUACCUUUUGAAUAAAAUGAAGUUGCUUCAGACUUGGUGCAUACACAGAUCCAUUCAUUGUCCCAUUAAUAAAAACAUAUCUACCAUUAUUGUAUUUCAGAAUUGGGUGAAUUUUAAAGGUUAUUCCUUUGCCAAAAAUGACUGCUACCUCCUUGUCCUUUAUUUGAACCUGGUGCUGUCACUUGGUGUUGAAACCAAGUGCCACUGAGGAUUUUACUUUCCCUAGGGGAUUUGUGAAUCUGUGAGUUUCUUUUUUAUAGGAUCACUAAUUCCCCUCGCAUUUGUGUGGUGUUCAGGUUUUCCCUUUUGUGCUACUAACAGUUAUUAAAUUGUAAUAUAUAAUAAACAUUAUAAACACGGAUCUCAGACUUCCAGUCAGAGGAACGCAUUUUCGCAGAUGAUGUGUUCCGACACCACCACCUCCCAAUCUUUUCCUGCUUUUCCCUGUGACCACUCAUCAUCGUCCCGCCACCAAUCUCCAGGCUCUGAGCCUUCUUCUCUUGGUGGUUCCUCUGCUGGCUCCCACCAUUCCUUUGCAUCCAACCAGUCCAUGACACUUAGCAGCCGUGCUUCCUUUCUAAAUCCAAGAGUACUCUGUUCUGACCAAAAUGAGCCUGUGGGUGGUGGGUCUGUGCUUUCUCUACUCAUAACUAAAGCAACUUUGCAAGACAUAAAAUUGUUGUCAUAACCAUCUCCUUACUAUUGAUCUCUGCCCAGGGGCAAUGCAUUGCUUUGAACUAAGUUGCCAAGAGAUAGUAACUUAAAUUAAUCUUCCAUCAGCAAAAACUGCAAAGUGGCUUCCUUGAGUGUCUUUCAGGAGGAAGAAAAAACUUGAGUCUGUUGAUGUGUUGCAUUUGGAAUUGCUCUCUCUGCUAUCUAAUCCUUUUAACCAAGAGGCUUCAAAGAAAGCCUUAUUAAAGGAAAUAAUCCGUUCAUGCAGGCCUAAUUAGUUUGUGUGGGGCCAAGGGGGGAAAAUGCUUUUGUGUUAUCAGUUGCACUUGAAUGGCAAAGAUCAUUUUUAAAACUAAAGAUCAAUUGAAGGCUUAGCUAAACAUCCGCAGCCAUGUGGGUGGGGACUCUUGGAAAGCAUGCCGCUUCUUAAUUUGAUUCUGAUCAUUGCUGCUAGAGGAUCUGCAGAUGAAAGUACCAGCAGCUUCCUCUGUGUCAGUCUUGGGAGGCCAGAAGUUCUGAGGCAAAUUAAACAUGGCACAGACAUUCCCCAUAAGACCACCUUGCUGUCCAGAAGCCUGCUUUAAAGAGGGGCUCAAGGCUAACUAGAUGGAUCAUCUUUCUCCUCCCACCCCAUGUGUCCUAGAGCACCAUUUCUCAGCCUGCUGGGCUAGGGAUUACUAGUGGGCCUCAGUGCAGUUGCCUGUCCCCUAACCAAUGUCAGCCGCUCCCUUCACACAUGGUAUACAUGCAUGCAUGGGAGCAGGAGAUAGAGAGUGAGGCUGUAUCAUACCGAGUUAGAAGGGAAAGAAGGAGAGGACAGGGUAAUAGAAGAGAGGGGAUGGGGAGGGAGGGAGGGAAGGAAGGAAGGAAGGGUUGGUGGGUGGGCAGACCAAGAGAGAGGGAAAGGAGAAGCCAGGAAGCCGCUCCUCCAUUCUGUAAAGGAAAGAACUGGUUGUGGCAUUGAAUUGAAUUAGAAAGAGAGAGAUCAAUCUUUUAAUAAUAAUAAGCAAUAACUAUAGUAUAAUAUAAAAACUGGGAAUCAAGAGGAAUAGAAUAAUAAGAGGGAAACUAUUAGAGGAGGAAAUGAAUGUAAGAGCAGGAAGAGAGAUAAAGGAACUAUCAGUUUGCGGUUGAAAUAGGGUACAAGUGUGAAAGGAGAAAUGACCCGAAAUUAAGUAAAAAUAUUUUGAGGUCCUCUUUUCCCCUAGAGCCUCUGAAACAGCAAUUUCUGCCUAAAAUUGAGAGUCUGAGUCACAAUAUGACCAAAUUCAAUGUUUUCCUUAGCUUUUAAGAAGGCUGAACUAUGGAACCUGCUGUGCCAAAUAAUUUAACUGUUUCCAAAGAGGGGAAAUGAUUGUGGUAAUAGCCGACUGAUAACGUCAGACUCUGCCUCCACCUGCUGCCGUUUUGUGACUGACUUCAGCCCUGCACCCCAUUUUGUAACUAGUCAUGUCGAUAGUUUUUAGCCCUCUUAGGUGGGUCCUGGGGGUGGAAAGUUCUGUUGUAGAUCUUGGCCAUCCUGCACUGCAUUCCCAGCAGUGCACAAAAGUGGCUUAACUACCAGAUGUGUCACUGUGGCCAAAUCGAACACCUCAAGGAAUGGGCACAGCUGGUGCACUAAAUUUAACUCUGCAAAUGCACUCCUGGCCACUGAAGAAACCUGGGUACCCAUGCUCAGGACUGAGUCUAGAUGUACGUCUAAACUGCGAACCUGGGUUUUCAGGGGGAGUUUGACUCCAUCCAGCACAGGCUGAUUCCUUAUUCCCUGUUCUCCCUUCCGACUGACCAAGAUCGCCUCUGUCUUGUCUGGAUUGAGUUUCAAUUUGUUCACUCUUAUCCAGUCCAUUACUGAUGAUAGACGCUGACUUAGAACCAAGACAGCUUCCUUUGAUUUAGGUGUCAUCAGCAUACUGGUGACACCAAACCCUGAAACUCUGGACAACCUCUCAUGUAAAUGUUAAAUAGCAUGGGGGACAGAACAGAACAGAACCCUGAGGGACCCUGUAGGCCAAUGACCAAGGCAUCAAGCAGGAGUCCCCCAGCGCCACCUUUGGGUUCGCUCCUCCAGGAUGGAACAGCAACAGUGCAACAGUGCCUCAAAGUCCCAUCCCAGCAAGACAGUCCAGAAGGAUAACAUGGCCAGUAGUAUUGAAAACCAUCAAGAGGUCCAGCAGAGCCAACAGGACACACUUCCCUUGCCCUGUUCCUGGCAUAGGUCAUCUACCAAGGCAACCAAAGCCGUCUGUGUCCUAUAACCAGGCCUGAAACCAGAUUGAAAUGGAUCUAUGUAAUCAGUCUCCUCCAGAAACCCCUGAGCUGAGAUGCGACCACACACUCUAGUACCUUGUUCCAAAAUGGGAAAUUGGAGACUGGCCAAUAAUUUUCCAGUACAGUGGGAUUCAGGGAGGGCUUUUUCAACAGAGGUCUUAUAACUGCCUCCCUUAGGCUCACUGGAAUCCUGCCUUGUUGUAAGGAUGCAUUGACCAGAGGGGCACCCCCUUGCCAUCCCUUGUGCAAUGAUCUAGCACACAUGUAGCUCUCACAUUUCCAAGGAUCCUGUCCACAUCCUCAGGCUGUACAAAUGGAAAAGUAUCAAUUUCUGCUGGACAAGCAGAGGCCAAAGUUACAUCCACUAGACCUGUAUCAACUAUAGCAUCCAAAUCAGAAAGGAUCCAAGCAAUUUUGUCAGCGAAGUACUGAGCAAAUAGUUCACAAUAGGUCAUCAAGUGGGUGCAAGUUACCUGUUUUAUGGCAUAGUGGCUUGUUAGGGUUGAUGUAGCCAUUUGGAAAGCCAGCUUGCCUGUAUUGUCUUCCUAAGUGGGGAGAAGGCUGUUUGUGCUUCCCCCAGAUUUUGAUCCUCCCAUCUUCCUAACAGGACAGGCUGGUUGCACACAGACUGCAGCAAGUUACCACUUGAAGACUCGGGGAUUGCACUCAUCCAGGGACUUUCCUAUUUGUGUGGUUUCUGGAAGCAGUAAAGCAUUCCAUCCCCAUAUUACUUCAUAAACGUCUUGCUAUAAAAGAAAAAGAACUAGGAACUUCCAGUCACAGGCCACUGGAAGAUAGGAAUAAGGGAAUUUUACCAAGACAGCAAGGACCUUGUGUAACAGCAGGUGUGGUGAAGUGGACUGAGACAAGUUGCUUCCCUAUAAUUAAAAUGCUGCUAUUAUUAUUAUUAUUAUUAUUAUUAUUAUAUUUACGUUUAUGUACUAGCUCCCUGGGAGUUUGAGGUUAGCAUACAUAGCAUGGUCUCCCUCUUUUAUCCUCACAACAACCCUGUGAGGUAGGUUGGGCUGAGAAAAUGUGCCUGUCAUCCCACGCUUAACCAGUUAUUUUCAAUGCUAAGUGGAGAUUCAGACCCAGGUCUUUGCAGUUUAACAACACUAAUCUUGUACACCACAACACCUCCAGCAAAGCUAGGAUACCCAGUAAUUUAUAAGUAGUAUAUAUGGAUGAUUUGAGGAAAAUAGCUAGCACUAUUUAACCUUGCCCUGUAGUCCUUUGUCUCAUAUUCAACAUCACUCAACAGAGCAAGUAGUGAAUUUUCUAGCCAGUGGGACAAAAGGAUCAACAUCUGUCUGCAUAUGAUACAAGGGGGGGUUCGAAUUAGGGAGGAAUGGGAGGAUCACUUGUACAACCCACGCACAGCACUGCUGGCUUGUGCAUGCCAGGUCUCUGAUCUGUCAUCUUUGCUAUGUUCUUUUGGAUUUCUGAGUCAUUUAACACUUUCAGUCAUCUUUAAAAAGAAGCACUUUAGCUCGCUCUCAGAAUGCACUGUAGGUUUUAAUUAUAAUCAGUGUUUGGGAACAACAUUGAUUCCUCUGAACACAAGGUGAAAAUAAGGUGUUAUAACUUGCAUUUAACACUCUCUUUCUCUCAAAACCUUGUAGCCAAUAAUUUAAAAGCUCCUCAAAGCCUGCAGACAAACAGUGAUAAAGAAUAGUAAUUAUCUGCCCUAAUAAUGGGCAUAUUUCUCUUUCCCCACAGCCCCUCCUAGCUUUAGGGAAAUAGAUCUCCUCACAAUGCAGGAAACUGGCUAGCAUGCCUUACUCUUUGUCUAAGCAAAUAAAACCUACCUGUCCAAUAACAUCCCAUUUUUUGCCUUUCCUCUACAGGUGCUGAGGAUGGGGUGAUGGCAUUUUCCAGAUCGGAGACUGAAGACAGACGGCAGUAG